AUGGCAGCAGGCUACGAGCUCACCGGAGGGAACGUCGUCAGAUCGGUCGAGCGGAGAAUCCCCCAGUCACGAAGAUGUGAUAAAGUUUGCAAGAUCUUCCGCGAUGAUCUUACUCUUGAUAAUCUUUCAAGAGCUCAACUUGUGGGCAUGUGUCGUUACAUGAAUUUGAAUACAUUUGGCACGGAUGCGAUUCUUCGAUACAACAUUCGCCACCGAAUGCGACAGAUCAAACGUGACGACCGUGCCAUCUCUUACGAAGGGCAUGGGCUCCCCUCUACUCUUCUGGUGCUAUCCAAUGCAUUCAUGUAUCAAGGAAAAGAGAGUGAGAUUGAAUCUCACUAUGAUGCAUUGGUUGCUGUCUUGAGUAGCAUUCCGGAAGAACUUUAUCAUGAAAUUGAGUUGGAGGUUAACACUGCAGAGGGAGCAGCAACCAACAAGCAAAGACUGGAGGUUUUGAGGGAGCAGCAGGAGCUCAUUGAAGAGGAGAAUGAACAACGAUCUGCGGGCGAAUCGGCCUCUAAGAGGAAUGUGAAGGACGACCAAGACAUCGACGAGAAGGAAGAUGAUAAGAGGACACCUGAUGAAGAAGCUAGCAAACGCACAGUCGGGUAG